GAGUUGCGGAGAUAAUGCUCUAUGGUCUACCAGUCUGUGUCUCUUCGUGUCGUUAAAACGUAAUUUUACGAAUGAACGUGUUAGAAUAAAACUUAAAUUAUAAUAUAACAAUAGUGGAACUUUAAUAAAAAAAGGAUAAAAUAAUAAAUAAAACAUUGUGUGGGAUUUGAGGGAAAGAUUGUAGGAAAAAAGGAGUGUUACUUAAGUGAAAUUUAUUAGAAAGUAUGGGUUGUAAUACUAGCAAGGAAUCUGUUGCGAAUGUUGACGAAAAAGACGAUAUUAGAAUAGCGUCCGAUGAACAAACAGACUUGAGGGGUGAUGCUAAUUGUAAUCAAGAAAAAAUACUUCAAUUACCACAGGCGUUAACCAACGAGAUUAAAGAAGCUGUCGCGAAAAAAGUUUCAGAAAGCUCGGAUCGUAAUAAAGAAACGACAAAAAUACCAGAAACUAAAAUCGUUAAUUUAGAAAACGAAAAGUCGCCAGAGACUGAAGGAUUAGAAGAAGCGGCGACGAAAAUACAAGCAGCUUUUAGGGGUCACCAAACAAGGAAAACCAUGAAACAAGCCGAUAAACCCGAGAAAAACGCGGAAACCGCUGAAGAUUUAGCAAACGAAUUUAAACCCGACGAUCCUGAAUUGUGUAAUGCGGCAACAAAAAUUCAAGCGUCUUUUAGAGGUCAUAUGGCUAGAAAAAAGAUUGCAGAUAAAGAUGGUGGAGAACAAGAGGAAGCACAAGCUGAUGUGAAUAAAAAACCAGAAGAUGAAGAAGAUUUUGACAUUGAUUUGGCCGAUCCAGAUCUAAAUAAAGCGGCGUCAAAGAUUCAGGCGACGUUCCGAACUCACAUGAAGCACAAGGAUGAAUAAGAUUAAAAAGAAAAUAUUAAUAAUCUUCUCUAUUCGUCCUUCGCGAUUAAAAGAAAAGAAGUAAAAUACUUUUCUUCUUUAAAUACCCUUUAAAUUGAUGGUUAUUGAUUGAUUUUGAUUUUUCAAAAAAUAAAAAAAUUAAUAAAUAUUAAGGUCAUACCUAAAUGGAUCAAAUAGAAUGAGUAAAGAUGAACGAAAAAAAUUUUGGAUUUUAGGGUACUUACAUGAAAAUUACUGUUAUCGGUCAUUCGUAUUAUAAAUUUUAGCUUAGUAUCGAUACUAUUUAUAUAAUUAUUGAUAAACUUGCACCAAUCUAAAAAAAAUGUCCAAGCACCACCUGCAUAGAAGGAAUUGCAUGAUAUUUUAUUAACACUACAUUAAUACAAAUAUACAAAAA